AGAGCGACGGCAGCCCGGCCGCGCUCCGGCUCCCGGGGCUGUCACCGGCCCCGCUCCCCCCGCGCCAUGGCCGGGCUCCUGCCGCCGCCGCCGCUGCUGCUGCUGCUCCUGCUGCCGGCGGGACCCGCCUGGGGCUCCAAGGACAACUGUUUCUCCAAGCUGUUCACGGCCAGCGGGGAGUGCUGCCGGGCCUGCAACCUGGGCGAGGGCGUGGUGCAGCCCUGCGGGGUCAACCAGACCGUCUGCGAGCCCUGCCUGGACAGUGUCACCUACUCGGACACGGUGAGCGCCACGGAGCCGUGCAAGCCGUGCACGCAGUGCGUGGGGCUGCAGAGCAUGUCCGCGCCCUGCGUCGAGUCGGACGACGCCGUUUGCCGCUGCGCCUACGGAUACUUCCAGGACGAAUCCAGCGGGAGCUGCCGCGAGUGCCGCGUGUGCGAGGUGGGCUUCGGCCUCAUGUUCCCCUGCAAGGACUCGCAGGACACGGUGUGCGAGGAGUGUCCCGAGGGCACCUUCUCCAGCGAGGCCAACUUCGUGGACCCCUGCCUGCCCUGCACCACGUGCGAGGAGAACGAGGUGCUGGUGCGGGAGUGCACGGCCGUGGCGGACGCGGAGUGCCGGGGUCUCCACCCUCGCUGGACAACGCACACCCCGUCCCUGGCGGGCUCUGAGAGCCCCGAGCCGGCCACCAGGGAGCCGCCGGGCACCGAGGGGGUGGCCAGCACCGUGGCCGACACCGUCACCACCGUCAUGGGCAGCUCGCAGCCCGUGGUGACCCACGGCACCGCCGACAACCUCAUCCCCGUCUACUGCUCCAUCCUGGCCGCCGUGGUGGUGGGGCUGGUGGCCUACAUCGCCUUCAAGAGGUGGAACAGCUGCAAGCAGAACAAGCAAGGGGCCAACAACCGCCCGGUGAACCAGACACCGUCCCCCGAGGGGGAGAAGCUGCACAGCGACAGCGGCAUCUCCGUGGACAGCCAGAGCCUGCACGACCAGCAGCCCCCCGGGCAGGGCACCCAGGGGCCAGCGCCCAAGGCGGACGGGAGCCUGUACGCCGCGCUGCCGGCCAGCAAGCAGGAGGAGGUGGAGAAGCUGCUGGGCAGCUCGGCCGAGGACACGUGGCGGCAGCUGGCCGGGGAGCUGGGCUACAAGGAGGACCUGAUCGACUCCUUCACGCGCGAGGAGUCCCCGGCCCGCGCUCUCCUGGCGCACUGGGCCAGCCGCGAGUCGGCCACGCUGGACGCGCUGCUCGCCGCCCUGCGCCGGGUCCAGCGCGGGGACAUCGCCGACAGCCUGGCCAGCGAGUCCACGGCCACCUCCCCCGUCUGAAGGGCGGCCCGGGGGGGCCCCGCGGGGUCCUCCCGCCCCCUCUGGGCUCUCCCCUGCCCGGGGCCGGAGGGGAGGGUGGGGAGAGCCCCCGGGCCCCCCCGGCUGCCCGCGCGGAGCUCCCGGUUCCGGUACCGCCCCCUCCCCGCGCUGGCCCCGCCCGGCAGCCCCUGACGGUGCUGGGGGGGCUCAGCCCCACCCUGAUCCCAAAUCCCGGCUGCUGCCGGAGCGUUCGCAGCGCCGGGAGGCUGCGGGAAUGGAUGGAUGGGUGGAUGGAUGGGUGGAUGGAUGGGUGGAUGGAUGGAUGGAUGGAUGGAUGGACAGACGGACAGAUGGACACGGGAGUGACCCCCGCGCUCUCAGCCCUCUCCUCUCCCCCCUCCCAGCCCCUUCUCCCUGGGGCUCCUCUUCCUCUUGCCCCAACCCCGCUAUUCCCCAAAUCCAGCUGCUUUCCCUCAAAAAGCAGAGAAAAGGCGGGGCUGGAGAGCCCCGGAGCUGCUGCCCCGGGAUUUGGGGGGGGGGGGGGGGGGGGCUGGGGGAGGGGACCCGGCUUCCUACACUGUGAAAUUCGGGGGUGCGGCCCCCCCGCGGCCCCACAGGGAUUUGGAGCCGCCGGGACCACCCCGGACUUCGAGGAGCAGAUUCUGGGGUGCCACCAGCUCCUGUCCCUGCAGGGGACACCGAGGGGACGGCGAGGGUCCCACGGACACGCCCCGUGGGGGACGCUGAAGGUGGAAAGCGCUGACCAAGUGCCUGCCCCGGCGGGGACAUCACCCAAGGGCUCCGCUCCUCCUUCCCCGCCUGUCCCCGAUGUCCCCGAGCUGCGCCGACCCCGGCCGAGGCCACCCUGCCACCGUUGCACUGUCCCUGCUGUCCCCACCCCCGCUGAAAGGGCUCCUCCUGCUCCCGCACUGUGAAGGUGGCUCCGAAAUGUCCCCGCGGGUCCCUCCCCGCCUUGGGUGACCCCAGCACGUCCCCCUGUCACCGCCGGGGAGGGGACAUCGCUCAGCAGAGCUCAACGUGCAUUUUUGGGGCAUUUCAGCCCCAGCUGCGUGACCUGGAGAGCGGCCCCGGGCUGGGGAUGUCCCCUGAGCUGCCACCGGGCUCCCGGGGAUGUCCCCUGAGCUGCCACCGGGCCCCCGGGGAUGUCCCCGACGCUUUGAGCUCUCCUCGCCCGGAGCAUCCCGAGGUUCCCGCGGAGGAGGCGCUGCCGGGCGAGCCGGGCACGGCCCCCGGGCCUGGUGUGGCUCCUCCGGCCCCUCUGGAUUCAGCCCAAAAUCCCUUCCUGGAGGCAGAAAUGGGAUUUUUGUCCCCUCCUCGAGGAGAGACUUGUAAAUACGAAUUGUGGUGUUUGAUGUUUCUACGUGUGACCCCCCUGGCGACAGCCCUGUUCCCUCCCCGCCUCCAGGUGAGAAUUCCCACCCCAAUCCUCUGAUCCCACCUCAUUUCUGGCCUUAAGGACUCCAUGGGGAGGCGAGAAACGUUCACCUCCCCCGAAAAUCGCUGCAGCAGCUCGGGAACGCGGCAGGAUUUGGAUGUUCCCGGGAGAGCUCGGAGCUUCCCAGGGGUUGGAGCGGCACCCGUGGGAUUCCAGCACCCAGAUCCUACAAAAUCUUCUGGGAAUUUCCCUCCCUGCUGUGCUCCGGGUGACGGAGAAGCACAGGCUGGGCCCGGAUCUCCAGGCUGGGGUAUCGGAUGGUUCCUGCCUGCAGUGGAGGAGCCAAGAUCCCUUGGGAAGAGCCGUCCUUGGUCGGAAUCUCUUGGCCAUGGAAGGGCUGCAGAUCCCAAAUCUGAGUCCCGAACUUCUCCUGUUGCUCAAAUCCAAGGAAAUUUGCCCCAGAUCUACAACCCCACUCACAGUGGGCGACUCUGGGUUGGAAACCCCCAGCUCCUGCCAGGCUGAGCCACGCUCUGGGAUGGAUUUGGGAUGGAUUUGGGAUGAAUUCCAUCACUGGUCGUCGUCAGGUUGUUCCGUUUUCCCCUUUUUUUUUGGAAAAGCGACUCCAGUACAAACUGAGGGUUCCUGGAAUGAUGCACCCGGAUCCAAACCGAACCGAACUUCCCGGAUGAGCCAACCUGGCCGAGCCUCUCCCGCUGGGAGUUCUCUUUUCCUCAGGACAACGCUGCCGUGCUCUCAGGUUUUAACUGCCAUGGGAAAGGGAUUUCAGCACCCCCGAAUCCUGAAAAUCGGAUUUUCAGGGCCGAGGGAACGGGGACAAACUCAGCACCCAAAGAGGAGCCGGGGGCCGCCCCAAAUCCCGCCUGGCUGCAGGGAAGAAAUGGAAAUAAAAUUC